AUGUCCUCUCUCGUUGAUGCAGUCCUCCGCUCCGACAAUGCGCCAGAAGAACCUCGUAGCGAUGCACCGUCAGCGCGACGAAGACAAGCCCGCUCCUCCUCGCGACCCAGGGGCCCGCCAUCUGUCAGCACGCCCGGCAUGCAGAGCGAGCUGGGCUUCCCCGAUGAUGAAGUCGUUGGUGUGAGAGGUCUGAGAAGGAACCUUCCAGGCAGCGGAGAGGUGCCGCGAGUGGUCGACACAACAGCAGAGACGUUGGGGAUACAGUUUGAGAAGUUCCUUGAGGAAUUCACCGAAGAGCCCACGCCCUCAGCAGAGCCAAAGUCCAGCGCCGUCACCACCAACAAAUACUACAUCGCGCAGAUACACGGCCUUUGUCAGUUCAAGCUGUCCACUCUCUAUGUCGACUUUACACAUCUCAUGGACAGCGAACGAGGAGUGCUGGCCACUGCUAUCCAAGGAGACUUCUACCGUUUCCUUCCAUACAUGCUGCGAGCCCUCAACAGCCUGAUCGCCAAGUACGAGCCACAGUACUACCGAGAGCAUAGGCAGCCUGGCUCCACAACCGCAAGAACAGAUACGUCGCUGGCCGGCAAUACACUGAGCGAUGAAGAUGGCCUGAAUGAGAAGACGCCAAACCAGCAGACCGACAAGAUCUUUGCGCUCGCCUUCUAUAAUAUGCCCUUGGUCUCAAGAGUGCGGCAGUUGAGGACAGACCAGAUCGGCAAGCUUGCUUCAAUAUCCGGCACCGUGACGCGGACGUCAGAGGUCCGACCAGAGCUUCAUCUCGCCACCUUCAUCUGCGAGAACUGCAAUAGCGUCAUACCGGACGUCGAGCAGAUCUUCAAGUACUCCGAGCCCACGCAGUGCCCCAACGCGCAAUGCAUGAACCGACAGGCAUGGCGUCUCGACAUCAGACAGAGCACAUUCAUCGACUGGCAGAAGGUCCGUAUCCAGGAGAACAGCUCGGAGAUUCCUACCGGCAGCAUGCCCCGGACGAUGGAUGUCAUCUUGCGAGGAGAGAUGGUUGACCGCGCCAAGGCUGGUGAGAAGUGCAUCUUCACAGGCACCCUCAUCGUCGUGCCAGACGUCAGUCAGUUCAGAGUGCCUGGCGUCAGACCGCAGGGUAUGCGUGAUCCUCAAGGUGCUCGCGGUGGAGAGGCUGGAGGGAGUGGUGUCAGUGGCCUCAAGGCGCUUGGCGUGCGGGACCUGACCUACCGGAUGGCCUUCCUGGCGAACAUGGUGACCAUGGAUACCGCGACCCAAGGACAGAGCAACAAUCAGCACCUCAAGGGCCAGGCUGGCAACAUUCUGAAUUCGCUAGGUCAGAUGAACGAAGUCAGCGAGAUGUCGGGCGACGCAGCACAGCAGGACUACCUGGACACCCUCACCACGGCUGAGGUGGAUGAUUUGCGGGAAAUGGUCCGGACACCUCAUAUCUUCAUGCGGUUGGUCGACUCGCUGGCGCCAAUGAUCUACGGCCAUACUGUCGUCAAAAAGGGACUGCUCCUCCAGCUGAUGGGUGGUGUCAGCAAGGUCACCCCUGAAAGCAUGGCCCUGCGCGGUGACAUCAACAUUUGCAUCGUCGGCGACCCAUCAACCAGCAAGUCGCAGUUCUUGAAAUAUAUCUGCUCGUUCCUGCCACGUGCGGUCUACACCUCUGGCAAGGCGUCCUCUGCAGCAGGUCUGACAGCGGCCGUCGUCAAGGAUGAGGAGACUGGGGAGUUCACCAUCGAGGCUGGGGCCCUGAUGCUUGCUGACAACGGCAUCUGCGCUAUCGAUGAGUUCGACAAGAUGGAUAUAGCGGAUCAAGUGGCCAUCCACGAAGCAAUGGAACAGCAGACCAUCUCCAUCGCCAAGGCUGGUAUUCAGGCAACGCUCAACGCUCGGACGAGUAUCCUCGCUGCCGCCAAUCCUGUCGGUGGACGAUACAACCGCAAGACGACGCUGCGAGCCAACAUCAACAUGAGCGCACCCAUCAUGUCCCGGUUCGAUCUGUUCUUUGUCGUCCUCGACGAAUGCAACGAGCAGGUCGAUGAGCAUCUGGCGAGGCACAUCGUCGGCAUCCAUCAACACAAGGACGACGCCGUCGAGCCCGAGUUCAGCACCGAGCAGCUGCAACGAUUCAUUCGAUUCGCACGGCUCUACCAGCCUGUCUUCAACGACGCUGCGAAGGAGAGGUUGGUCGAGAGGUAUAAGGAGCUGCGGGCGGACGAUGCGCAAGGCGGGAUUGGACGGAACUCCUACCGCAUCACUGUUCGACAGCUGGAGUCGUUGAUUCGAUUGAGCGAGGCCAUCGCGAAGGCGACGUGUACUGAUCUGGUUGUUCCAGAGUUCGUCGACGAGGCGUUCAACCUGCUGAGGCAGAGCAUCAUUAGUGUUGAGAAGGAUGAUGUCGAGUUUGAGGAUGAGGAAGAUGCGGACAUGGUUGAUGCUGCGGAGGGCGCUGCUGAAGAUGGCGACUCACCAAUGAACGGGAACGACGAGGCGGAAGCAACACCAGCGGCCACGCGAAGAACGCAGAUCAAAUACGACGACUACGUAAAGAUCCACAACAUGCUGCUACAGCGGGUGAAUGACGAUCAAGGCGCGGCGGAGGAUGGCGUGGAAGAGAACGACCUUCUGGUGUGGUAUCUCGAGCAGAAGGAGGAUGAGCUCGAGAGCCAGGAAGAUAUGGAGGCGCAGAGAGGGUUGGCGAAGAAGGUGUUGAAGCGGAUGGUGAAGGACAAUGUUCUCCUGCAGAUCCGAGGCGAAGGUCUUGUUGAUGAUGCGAAUGAGGAGCAGGAGCAGGAAGAGCGGGUGAUGUAUAUCGUGCAUCCGAAUUGUGCGGUGGAGGAGAUGUGA